AUGCAGCACUUCUUGUACAUAUUGAUUAUGGCACCUUUGCUAGUAUCAUCUCAAAGUGUUGGUCGUUUUUUAAUUGAUCGAGGUGGUGGAGCACUUCGAGCUGCUACUCCACGUUUCUUAGGAGGGUAGGUUGUCUUUCAAUUUAUUUUUUUUAAAUUUCAAUUAAUUUUUUUUAAAAUUUAAACGUUUUUUAAUUUGUUAAAGUUCAUCUUAUUUAUUUCAGUGGAUACAGCAGUCGACCGUUGGGUGGUAGUGCCAAACCCUACUUGUUUAUGACAUCUUUCAAAACUCAGGAAGCAUUGUAAGUUACAACUACUAUCUUAUAUGAUAUGAUACGUUUGAAUUAAGAAAACCUUUCGUAGGCGCUACUACCUUCACUCAACUUCAAACUGAAUUAACUAUUAUAAUACUAAUUUAGGAACAUAUGUGUGAAGGAGAAGAUUGUUGAAGAAAGAAAUGUAACUCUAAUGUUGGACAAAGCCAGAAACCUGACAGAAUCAGAAGCUGAAACUAGUUGUACAGAAGAACAAAAUAGGGCACGUACCGUGGAAAUAGUUGCAUGCAUUCUUAUCUUUUUUCUCAUUGUGCAUGGCAUAACAGCAAUUGUUAUAUUCGUUAUAAGUUUUGUUCGACUUAUGCGAUUGUACAAAGCAGAAAGAGAAAGUAAGAGGGAAGAAGACAUACGACUUGAUGAUUUUAAAGGGACAAAAAGGUUGCCAUAUAAAAAAGAAGAGACAAAGGAAGAAAAGAUAAGCCUGAAGAAGUUAGUGUGUAAUCUGAAAGAUUGUUAA